AUGAGGCUUUUGCUUUUACUACUUUCGACCUUUUCUCUAACUUGGGGAUUAGGAUCUGUUCCUAACUUCUGUAAUGGAAGCCUUGUACCAAUCAAGGACUUAGAUCAGAAGCUGAUUGAUGCCUUUUCAGGAUCUUACAAAAUUACAACGGUUUUAACAGAUUGGGCCACAAAAACGACCCAAUCCGUUAUUGAAAUUUCGGACAAAGACAGGAAAACUACAAUAAUUAGCGAUAGAGAUGGUACUGAUUUGCAAUACAUCUCAGAUCAAGGAAGAUUCAUCCUGAUCAAUAACACUGCCAACUCUUGUUCCGUCCAAAAGGAGUAUAAGCCUUUCCAACUCAAUGAUGCUAUUUUGAAACGAUUAGGUGCCGAUGGUAACUCAAUUGCUGAUCUGGUCAAAAAAAUUGCAGCUAAGAAUUAUAAAGGCAGCAUGCUUUCAACUCGAAUUAUGUCUGGAGUCGAAGGAAUUCAAUGGAUUACUUGUGUCAAUGAUACCAAUCCACCUCUUCAGGUCGAAUUGAUCUUCACUGGCGAUUUAUCUAUCAAACCAGUAUCCGCCGCUUUCAAGAACCCCCUUGUUCUGUUUUUCCGCCUAUCUGAGUUUCCCAACAUCAAUUCUACCGAACCAACAACAUCAUUCUCAUUCGAAAUCCAGACAUAUUCACCUGCUCAGGAUAGUACCGUCUUUGAUGUUCCCAACGGAAAAGUGUGUGAAGGAUGGCCAUCUGUUAAGCUUCCUCUAACCCUUCCUGAACCAUUCAGUGGUAUUGUUACCUACAAGAAAGGAGAUUCUGUAAUUAGAGCUAAGGUUUAUUAUUCAAACACCUCGUCUACAACUGCAGUGUGUGUUGAUAGUUUGAAGAGCGGAGAACAGAUUCCUUUCUUCAACACCAAAACAACUAGUGAUAAUGUUAUGUCUGUUAUUCAUGAUUUCAAUUCAGGGUAUGAGUAUUCCCUUGCUUCCGGAAAAUGUGCGUCACUCGCAGCUAUUCCUGCAGAUUCAGCGGAUGUUCUGAAAAAUUCUCCUAUUUCUAUCCGACCGAUCAACGAGCAUUUCGUCAAUGAGUCUUUGGCUUGGGGACAAUAUGGAAGUAUCAGUCAUUUUAAUGGAGAAGAGUUAACUGUAUGGAGAGCAGCCGACGGAGAAUCUGUCUUGGAGGUUCAUAUUGGAAAAAGUCAAUGGACCUUCACUAAAACAACCAAGAAUGUUAUCGACUCUUCAGUCGAAAUCACCUUGGCUCCCCUUCCACCUAUAACUGUAGCCGUUGAGAGAUCUCGCGAAUGCUUCGCUGACUCUUCCUCAGGCAAUAACACUUUCACCUUCGCUGUUAAAGGAAAGAAAAUGGCAGAUGUUCUCGCAAUUGGGGAAUCCACUCUCAUUUCAGCUUUAGCUGCUGGUUUGUCUAAAGUCGCUUUGAUCAACCCUCUGAGAGUUUCUGCUCUUUUCUCUCCACUCCCCUCCGGCGAUUUAGGUGUUUUCUUAACUGUAGCCGAUAGGAAUCAGAAAGUACCUGCCGAGACUGGAAAGUUCAACUACACAGCUGAGGUUACUACUGAUGUGUUAUUCAACUUGCUGAACUCAACCUUUGCUUCCAACGAUUGGCAAUUCGAUGUUCCUACUGAGGAUAAGAAAACUGAGACUUGGUUGGCCAAGUCCUCUUCGUUAGCACGGUACCCCUUACCUGCCCCACCUCCACAACCUGCUCCUUACCAAGGAUACACCGGAGGUUCCAUGUUUGUCUUGGGUAUCUUCUCUCUCAUCAUAGGAAGUGCUAUAGGAGCUGGUAUAUUCUUCUUCAUCACUAAGAAGCAAGGAAUAUCUACCCUCGCCUACCAAGUCUUCGAGUAG